AUGGCUGGUUCUUCAAAGGAAAGUUCAAGCAUCGAUCGGCAUGGGAAUGAUCUUAUCCCACCCGAAUUAAUUGACGCUGACGCAACAACAAAUGGAGGGGGUCCUCCUGUACCUGCUGCUGUUGUUCGUCUACAACAUCAACAACAAACACACAUGGAAAGCUUAGAUUCUGGCUCAUCGCCACCAUCUUCGUCUGCCAUGUUACCCCCACCAGUCUUUAGCAGUCGAUUUGAAAGAAUUCUUCCUCCAGAUAUUCCCCCUAGCAGCGCUCCUCCUCCUCCACCACCAUUGCAGAAAACAACCGGAAAUGGGCAAAUAGAGACUCCAUUAAACAUUACUUCUACACUUCAACCCUCUACAGCCGCGUCAACAGGUGCAGGGCACGGACAGUUAAAAUCGAUGGAUUCAGGUAUUGGUACGGAAGUGACUACAGCCUCCAUGCCCUCCUCAGCUCCAAUACAUGGAGGGAUAGGUCGAACGGCUAGUGAUCUGCCUAGAGCUACAGUUCAACAACAACAACAACAAGUUCAGCAACAACAUUCAAGUAUUGGCCCAACUCGUUCUCAAAGCAUGAAGGGAGAAGCAGCCAACCAAAUUAAAAGAGGAGCAAAAGGUGCUGGUAGUCUAGGUGCUGCUGAUUCAGCAGAUGAGCAACGGCCAAUAACCUCCCAAUUAGCCGUUCCAUCCGCAUUCCAUGAGUUCCCCCAUAUUGUGCGAGGCACGGAAGCAGUCGCUAGCUCCUCCACUGGUACUAGCAGUGAAGAAGAAGCUAAAAAAAUGGUGGAGCUUGUAGAGAGGACGGCGGUAGCUGAUGGGGAUAGUGAUUUGGAGGUAGAGACAGAAGUACCUAGCCUUGAAUCUCUCGUGGGGUGGGAGGUUCUGAAGCAUUUAAAACCUAAAGAGAAAAAGCGACAAGAAGUGAUUAACGGCAAAACACAUGUACGUAACCUAAAAAUUCUUUACAAAAUAUUCUACCGUCCAAUGAUCAUGCAACGGGUUGCCUCCCCAGAACUAAUAAAAUUACUUUUUGGGAAUUUGGACGAAUUGCUUCAAGUACAUUCCGAAAUGAAUUCAAAAAUGAGGGCGGCUGUUGAAAAUUGGCAGCGUUUUGGGGUGGGGAAUGGAGGAGGGGGACUUUAUGGUGAUAUUGGAGAAUUAAUUGUUAAUUUAUUUGAUGGGGCUAUUGGUGAAAAAUUGAUGCAUAAUACUGCCUUAUUUUGUCGAAAUCAGCAACAUGCACUUGACACUUUAAGGCAAAGGUACAGUAAGGCAAAAGACGACCCCUUCUCUCAAUUCCUCUCUGAGGCAGAAAACAACCCUCUUUGCCGCAAACUUCAAUUAAAGGAUAUGAUUCCGGUAGAGAUGCAAAGAUUAGUUAAAUAUCCCCUCCUUCUGGAAACUAUAGCAAAAUAUACAAGAGAAGGUAGUGAAGAAUUACAACAUUUAUUACAUGGAAUUGAACGGGCAAAACGAAUUCUUUCUGUUGUAAAUAGUGAUAAAAGAAAUGCUGAAAAUGAAAAAAGAAUGGAGGAGCUUCAACAAAGAUUAGAUUUUACUGGAUGUGAAAAGAGCUUUUUUCAACGUUUUGACUUUAGAGCUCACAAACUUAUUUAUGAUGGUCACUUACAAUGGCGUCAAGCACGCGGCAAAACAUUAGAUUUACAUGUUGUACUAUUAGAACAUUUACUUGUUUUCCUAACAAAAUUGGGUUCUGAUUCUGGAAGUGCUUCAACCCCCCAAAAAUUACAAUUAAAAAUUCAUGAAGCCGGUUGUAUUCCUAUAAUGAGACUAUCGGCAGUUGAGGUAGAAGAAAAGCCUGGGGAUAAACGUUCUUUCAAUUUGCUUUAUAAAAGUGAUCUGAGGGUGUUUGAGUUAGUUGCGCAAACAGCUACGGAGAGGAAAACUUGGUUCCGGUUAAUCGAAAAUCAAGUUUCUGUUACCCGUUCCUCCCCCAUUCCAACAGAUUUUGAUAAUAUUCUUGAUGGGAUUUUAACUAGUGGAGUACAGCAACAACAAAAUAGGGCAACUCCACCUCCAUUAUUAGCUCAGAGAGCCAAUGUUGUUGAUUCUGGGUUACAACAUCAAGUAGCUAAAGUUGAACAUGUACAUGUUUUGACACAUCCAGCACUUGUUAAUGCUGUUAGUUUUUCUUAA